AACCGAUUUGUCUGGUUACGGGGAUCCCCGGGGUCGGGGAAAACUGCUAUAGCUAUGAGUGUUGCAUCCGCCCUCGAGGUGCAAGGUGCUCUGGCAGCAUCGUUUUUUUGGGACAAAAACCGGACUGGAUCGGGCCUUAAUUCUACUGAACGGUUCCCUUCCACACUGGCACAUCAACUCGCAUCUUUUGAUGAGGACUUCAGGUUGUCACUUGUUUGGCGCCUGCGGCAGCGAGAUCUGCAAUUGUUCCAGGAUCUGCCCCUAGAUAAGCAAAUGAAGGCUCUUGUUAUCGAGCCAAUGCAUAAUCUGAUGGAAACACUACCUCCCGGAAAAGAUCGCCUUGUCAUCAUCUUGGAUGGCUUGGACGAGUGCGGAGAU